UUUCUAAAACCGAGAAAGAAAUGGGUUGAAUCCUUCUUAACAUAGUCUCAUCGAGUGCGAUCAAACAGCAAAGAGAGAGAUGGCAUGGAGAGGAAAUCUAUCUCGGGCUAUGAAGGAACUGAGGAUCUUACUGUGCCAGACUUCGCCGUCGAGCUCCGCCACUAGAUCAUUUGUAGAGAAGAACUAUAAGGAUCUCAAGACUUUAAACCCUAAACUCCCAAUCUUGAUCCGUGAAUGCAGUGGCAUUGAGCCCCAGUUAUGGGCUAGAUACGAUUUUGGUGUUGAGAAGGGCAUUCGGUUGGAAGGUUUGAGUGAGGCACAGAUCUCGAAGGUGCUCGAAGACCUUGUCAAAGCCGGGGAAGCCCUUAAGGCCUGAAAGUCACUACCCCUGACCCAUGUGGAAUGAAAUAAAUGGAUGAGUGGGAAGGUUCCCAUGACAGUUUGCACUUUUACUUUGGCAAUCUUGACGUUUAAUGUUGAGAAUUGAGUAUUCAAUAUUGUCAUCUUGUUUCCAACGCAGGGAAAUUGGUUUGAUAUGUUCUGUUUUCGUGGAUGACAAUUCAAUUGACAAAUUGUUUAUGUAGUCAAUACUACAAACUUGCCAAAUCAAAUGUAUUUCCUGGAUACCUUGAAACCCUGCCGAAUUAUUCAAUUUCCUGAUUUUAAGAUU